AUGUCCUCCACCUCUUUUGUGGAAAUUGCGGUCCAUCCGGACCUCAAAACGUCUACAGUGGUUCUCCCCCACUCAAUCAGCAAAGCUCUCAAACAGCACUCGCUUUCAAGCGCCGACUUCCCGCAACUUCAGCCUCUUCAGUUUGAACAACAUCUCGCGAUCGGCGGCGACGUGGUGGAUCUCAAGGCCCAAUCUGCCAUUUUCAACACCGUCUCGUAUAAACUAGUUGCCGAUGGCUACAGACUCACGCUCACGCCGCUUGUUUUGAACAAUCCGUUGGACCUGACGUUCAAGUCUCUUUGUUUUGUUCUUCCUCAAAAAGCCAGGCCUGAGUGCGUGUCUGUCACAGAUGCCGGGGCGGCGGUCUCAAUCAACAUACUCACGACAGAUAAUCUGCUUAUUUCGUUGAAUUUGCCGCUGGACUCAUUCUUGUCCCAGGAAACACUGUCCCCUGUGACUUUUUACAACUGGUGCCAAUACAGCAUGCCCUACUCGUUCGACGUGCGAGCUCCUUUGUUUAUGCGGUCGAUCGACCCGAACACAAUCAUCGUGGCUCUUGAGGACGGCGGCCUGCUCAGAAUGUUCAAGGAAACCAUGGAAGACAAGUUUCUGGUGGUUCCGUUCAGCGACACGUCGUACUUCAACCAGUUCAGACUUCCGUUUUUUGGAUCCAAGCGCAAGGACCAGACGGAGACGGUGGUCAUAGAUAACCGGCGGGUGGCGGUUGCAACAGCACUGGAUUUCGUUGUGCUGGAGAACAAGCUCGUCACUCUGAGUAUUGAUAAAACCAUCAGGUUCUGGUCGCUCGAGACGGGUGCUAUGGAGAGAGAAUUGAGUCUAAAUGAGUUUCUGCCUAAGGAAUUACACCCAGUGCACUUCAAUAACCCGCCAACGCGACUGCUGGGUCUGGUGGGAAGAUACCUCGCUGUUCUCGUUCCUGUUGGCGAGACGUCUCUGAAACUGUUUUCUGUCGAGCCAGACGAAUCGCUUAUUUUGCUGAACGAAUACGUCCCUCCUGAAGUUGAUAGAUGGGCGUUCCACAGCAUGGUUUUGUCCAAAGUGGAGGUGAAUCUCCAGGUCAGUCUUUUAUGGUCUCUCCACGGAGCUAGACGUGUGCUUUUGGGCCAGAUUGACGACAAGCUCGAGAUGAGCUGGGCCCAUUGUGCUCCGCCGCUUGCAAACAACUUAGCGCAGUCCAUUACAUUUUUCGACGACGUCGAUUUGUUGAACUCUCACUGCAUGCAGUUGCUACAGGUAUACGACGAGCACGUUGUGGAAAAGGUGCUCUCCAUACUGGAAAAAAAGUAUAAUUUGGAAACUUCUGUUCUACCGCUGCCGGAAAAAUUGCAACAUGUGAUUACACACGAUUUGGACCCACAGGAUUACCUCAACAGCCUCAAGAAACAAUGGGUGAAAUUCGACAACGCUUGCAAAGAGCUUUCCAGACAAUUGGAGCCCUCAGUUGCAAUGAAUCUAGUGGACGGCAUGCUUGUGAUCCAAAAGACACACGGCCUGUCUGUGAUUGUGCCUUCGUCGCCGUUUGAUCUGAUCUGCUACAAUGACUCACUUUCGGACGAGGACCUGCAAUAUUCCAAUGUCAACGCCAGAGAAUUGCGCCCGCUAGCCAAAUACGUGCUAUCUUUUGUUGCCAAGUUUCCCCAGGAAGUUGUUUUCAAAGUGGUGCAGCGCGUUUGUGAUCGUCCAGAAGCUGCAGAGCCGCAAAUGAGCACCAUUUUUCAGGAAGAACUGUCGCCUUUCGUCGACGAAGCUAUGGUCACCGAACUGCUCACCGCUUUGAACGCAUCCAAGGACACGAUGCAGCUUUUUGAGUUCCUAAUCAGCCUUUCGACUCUGGACAACGUUGGCUACGUUCCUAUUGAGAAAGUCAGGUUUGGCAACUUGGGUGGCACGUUGUUGGUGUCGUCGCUGAAAAAUAAUCUGCUGCAGCAGAAAAAGCUGAUCCUCGGUCUACUUCUGAUCGUUCUCACGGUGGAUAUCAAUCCGCAAAUGGUCAGCUACUACACCGAGCUGGCAAAACUGUAUAGAGGCGUGGAGCUGUCGUUGCAGGUACCAUCGUCUUUGCUGCUGGGGCACUUAGAGGACAUUUUCCAGGGCGGAGUCAUGGUGAGAGUCAACAACCUUAACCAUUUGCUAACACACGUUUUCGGUCUUUUGUUGCAAAACACGUUUGUUUACUCGAUCGUGGCAAAGCUUGUUAAGGACGAAAGGUUCCAGGACGCACACUUGGCAAAGUAUCUUCCAGAAACUGGAAUUUCUAGCAUUUUGAAAGGACUGAUUUUGCUCAACACCAAGCACGGAAAAGAGGCGUUUGAGCUGUUCACCGCCAAUGCAGACCAAAUCACACAGGCCGCAAAGACAGCGUCUGCGGCAGAAAAAAGAGCAUUGCAACCGGUGUCUGACUACACCAACCUGAUAUUGGUGGACUCCAAAACGGACUACUUCUACGAUCUCAGCACUCUGUUCCAAUCGAAACAGUUUGACCAGCUGGCUCUCAAACUGGCUCUGAAAGCGCUUGCGACGAAAACAGAGCUAAAAGAUAUUUCGGACGACCAGGCUAUUCUGCUAAAAGUGUUCCAGCUGGCUCUCAAAUUGCAGGAAUUUGAACUGGCCCAUGACACGAUCCUGAAAAUGCAGAGAAAAUACAGAAAACACCCAGUCAAGCAGUUUGUGUACAAGUUGUUCCAGAUGAACCAGAUCCCGAAAAUCCUGGAUUAUCCGUUCAACGAGGACGCGGACAAGGUGGACGAUUUGAUUUACAGUCUGGGCGAGUCAAGCGCGUUGAACAGCGAUCUCAAAACGUCUCUCAAAUACUACCGUAUAUGCUACACCUUGCGCCUCAAACAGGGCGACUACAGAGCUGCCGUGGAGGCGCUCUACCGUUUCAACAGCAUCGGCUUGGAACUGAUGAAACAGAACAAGUUCAACGAUAUCAAGCUCAUCAGCGACAACUAUCUCACAAUCCUCAAUCUGCUGUACACUCUCGAGGAGGACGACCGGUGGAUUAUCAAGAGGCCUGUCCAGCUGGUGCAAACGGCAGGCUCGCAGCCGCCACAAGAAAAGAAAAGCGAGCUAGUGUACUCUUCGGACUUAGAGAAGGAGUACCAGUCGCUGACGACGUAA